AUGGCUGGCGCUCAGGAUGUUUUGCGAUGCACGUUUUGCAAAAGUAAUGUUGACUUCCGAUGUAAAUCGUGCAUGAUCGAUCUCUGCAGUAGUUGUGUUGGAAUUCAUAUGAAAACAGACAGAAAGAAAAGACACAAUGUGCAGCCUAUCGAAGAUGUAAUCAAUGAAGUUGUUCCCCCAGGAUGUGCCGACCACACUGAUCAGAUAUGUGAAAGUUAUUGCCUAGAUUGCAGCGUAGCUUUGUGCCCUUAUUGCAUGCUUAAGCAUGAAGACCACAAAGUGGAAGACAUCUAUGAUGUUAUUGACAGUAUCACUGAAGUAAUAAAAAAAGACACAAUUAAUCGCGAACAAGAAAUUUCGGUGUAUGAUUCAAUAGACAAGAAAAUGUAUCUCAUAUUAAAGAACUACAAGAAGUUGGUGAAGUUUUAA